UGAAAAUGAGUCAUCUUUUUCUGGUUUCAGUAUGAUGAAGAUAGUUAAGAACAAUUUCUUAGGAAAACUAUCAUGUUUUUCCCAAUUAAUGUACAGAUUUUUAGGCUGUCUAUUAUCUCAAUUGACUUGAUAAACAGUGCAUAUAGCUGCUGUAAAUGGGGGAAAAAAUCUCAGAACCCCUAGAUUUGGACUAAGCCCUGAUGGUUAACAACAUCUGAUUUCUGCUUUGGCUUCUACAACUCUUCUACUGUCAACCUCUUCUGGAAAGAGAUAAAGUGAGAGGAACAACUGAAAUCUAUCAUCUUCAAACACAUGGCCCAGUAUUAUCUGAAUCACAGUUAUCGACAGACAAGAAUGCACCUUGAGAGUUGUUUGACUGUGUUAUUUGCUUUCACUUCCUGCUUUCAUGUCAACUGGCACAAUAAAUCAUGGAUUUCCUCCAUUCACACAGGUUUCAGAAUGUCUCCGCCCUCACACACAGCAGCACUCUCGAUCCCACCACACACUCUGACCCGGCUGGCACGAGAAUGGCUGGCUGAGGACACACCAAACUUUGACCCGGCGGGAGUGUGUGUGGGGUCACAGGAGGUCGAGGCCAGGUUGCUGUGUAAAAUACCACACAGCGUCCUGGCAGGGAUCCCCUUCUUCACAGCGGUGUUCACUGAGGUCGGCUGCACCGUGGACUGGGUUUACCAGGAGGGAGCUGAGAUCGGUCCAGAUGCCAUCACGCUGACAGCUGUGGUGAGAGGCCCAGCAAGGUGCCUCCUCCUUGGUGAAAGGCCGGCUCUCAACUGCCUGGCACGGGCCUCAGGGAUCGCCACCCGUUGUUCUCAGCUCCAGGCGAUGGCAACAGCCAAAGGCUGGCAUGGAGAAGUGGCUGGCACACGCAAGACCACCCCCGGCUUCCGUGUGGUGGAGAAGUACGCCAUGCUGGUUGGCGGUGUGUCCAUGCACAGACAGGACCUGAGUGGAAUGGUGAUGCUGAAGGACAACCAUGUCUGGGCAUCAGGAAGUAUCACACAGGCCGUGAAAGCUGCACGGUCAGUAUGUGGCUUCAGCAGUAAGAUUGAGGUGGAAUGCCGCUCUUCAGAGGAGGGCAGAGAGGCGGCUGCAGCUGGAGCAGACAUUGUUAUGCUGGACAACUUUCAACCUCAGGAGCUCCAUGUUGCAGCUCGAGCACUGAAGGAGGAGUUCCCAACUUCCCUGAUAGAGGCCAGUGGAGGGGUGACUCCAGAGAACUUGGCUAUGUAUUUCUCCCCACAUGUGGACAUCAUUUCCCUGGGCUGCAUAACACAGGGAUGCCCAGUUGUGGACUUUUCUCUCAAGGUUCAAAAGCCUGUUGCUCACUCAAGCCUCCAGGAAUGAUGACCAUCAGACAGUCCCAGACUGAUUGAAUGAGAAAAUGUUGGGUCCUGAUAAAUAAAAGAGACAUUUUUA